CGUCUCUAUGCGGUUGCGCGAGCGCCACCGGGUUGCAGGAUUGCACGAGGGUGUCUGAUUUCCACCCUCUCCGGUACCGAUGUUGACAAAGAGCCGGGACAGACGGAUGGUUGCUUGAUCUACAGCCCUGGUCUGAGACUAUCGAGGACAAAAUCGGCACCGUAAAAGCGAAUAACGAACGGCACGGUGUGGCAGACUCGGACUCGAAUCGGGCUGUAGCCCUACCUGAUUAGGACAGUUUCAGUUAGGACAAUUCAACCGGAUCCGCGACGGAGAUCGGGAAUGAUCAGCGGCGACCUGAAAGCAUCGACUCACGGAGGCAUGCACGAGGCCGGGUGGGCUUCUUGAUGUUUUGAAUCGUUAUCGUGAUACAAGACAGAGAAGCGCGCUGGACCUCACCGGGGACUCCGCUUUCUCCCGACGCCUCGCGGGGCCCAAACCGUGCCUGAAGAGGGAGAGCAUGGGCCGGUGCGAUGGGAGGUGCACGCUCGUGGUCAUCUGCUGCCUGCAGCUGGUUGCUGCAUUACAGAGGCAGGUGUUUGACUUCCUGGGAUAUCAAUGGGCCCCCAUCCUUGCCAAUUUCCUUCAUAUCAUGGCUGUCAUUAUGGGAGUGUUUGGAACUGUGCAAAUUCGCUCCAGAUAUCUUAUAUUGUAUGCUGUGUGGCUUGUGGUCUGGGUUGGCUGGAACUCUUUCAUCAUCUGUUUUUAUCUGGAAGUUGGACACUUGUCACAGGAUAGGGAUUUCCUGAUGACAUUUAACACAUCACUUCACCGUUCCUGGUGGAUGGAGAAUGGGCCUGGUUGCUUAGUUACACCAGUGCCUGACUCGCCAUUGGCUCCUCAGGAUCAUCAUGUGAUCACUGUCAGCGGCUGCCUACUGGACUACCAGUACAUAGAGGUGGUCAGCUCAGCCUUGCAAGUGUUCCUUGCACUCUUUGGAUUUGUGUAUGCCUGCUAUGUUAGUAAAGUCUUCCUGGAUGAUGAGGAGAGCUUCGAUUUCAUUGGUGGAUUUGACACUUAUGGUUACCAACCUCCACAAAAGAGUUCUCACUUACAGCUACAGCCUCUCUAUACCACUGGAUAGAAAUCAAAGAAACCCCCACCUUCAGAGGGAAACAACUGCUUGUCUCUGAGAGAUGAAGUCCUCUGCAUUGUGGGAUACUUGCUACCAGCUUCAAUGUCUGUCUCCCAAACUCUGUCUCCCUCUACUGGAGAAAUGAUGAAGUGCAGCACCAGCCUGCAUGUGUGUGACUUAGUAAGAACAAGCUUAUAAACAGGACAAUACUUAAGCCCUUUUGAGACAAGCAUUAUUAAAUAAGAUUUGAAGAUGGCAACAGAUCAUCUGUGUUAAAGUGUGUGCACAAAGGCCUUUGUAUAUGUUUGUGUAUUCACAAGAAGGCCAACCUUUGACCCAGGUAAUCUUUGGACACAUCCCAGAGCUGCUUGCUCAGCUCUUGAGUGUGUGUGUGUGUGCGCGUGUGUGUGUUUGCGUGCGUGGGAGCGUGUAAGAGAGAUUGCUUAUAUUCUGAUGUAAGACACUAAAAUGUAAUGUGUUAGAUGAAUGUGUUAGGUUGGGUAGAUGUGUAUUUGGGGAAUGCAGUAGGACUUUGUGCAUGUUAAAAUCAUGGUAGAGGAGGAGUUGUGCCUCUAGGUGGCUCUUAAUAUGUCUGUGUGCAUGAGCACUGCGUGUCUCUGAAUGUGUUCAUGUUCACAGACAAGUUUUGAUGUAUUUAUGCACCCAACGCAUAAUGUGACUAGCCAUAAAUGUUUAUUUGAAGACCACUUCAUAACGAAUGUAUGUUCGUGCAAAAUACUUGUUUUUUCAGAAGGGAUGUUUUUGUGUGAGUGAGAAAGAGAGAAAUGAGGGACACAACUGUUGUAGAUGGGAUGGGUGGGACAGUUGUUCAGCAUAAUAAACUCUUUCUAGAUUA